AUGGCGGAGGAAGAGGAGAACCCGUAUCCGGUCGCCCCGGGGGCCUCCUACAUAGAGAGCAAGUUCCCCCCGUGGAACGUGGACCGCGUCGUGGACGAGCUCGGCUCGCUCACGCUCGACGGGAAGCCCGCAGCCCACGAGGACGGCAAAUUCUACGACGCCGAGGACGGCGAUGUGUGCCCCGAGGCGCUCGCGAUGUACGUGCAGAAGACUUGGAAGCGCCCCGAGCAGUUCAUGGACGAUCAGCCCGCGGUGCCCAUGCUCCUGCUGAAACCCCCGCCCCCGCCCCCCGAGGACGGCGAGGAACCCCCGGUUGACGAGAACGCGGACCCGGACGACCCGUCGCAGCCGAGGCAGCCGCGCGAGCUCGUCUCGGAGUCCGUCCUCUUCAGCGCCAAUCCCGCGACGGAGUGGAUGUGGAACGCGCUUCGACUGGUGAACCAACGCGCGGACGUGAUCGACGCCGGGGACUUUUUGUGGGAGAACAUCUGGCCCAAGGAUAACGACGGGAGCGAUCCGGAGAACCCGCCGAACCCCUGCGUCAGCGCCAACGGCAAGUACGCGGUGCGAAUGUGGGUGGUUGACCGGUGGCGGUGCGUGUGGGUGGACGACAGGAUGCCCGUCGACGUCUUCGGCCGAGCGGCGUUUCCGGGCGCUCGGCCCAUACAGCUGUGGCCGCUGCUGCUGUGCAAGGCGACGCUCAAGGUGAUGAAGCACUACGGCGUGUUGAACCGCGUGGGGUCGCACAGGGUACCGAUGGUGACCUGGCUCACCGGCUGGCCCAAGGAGAAUUUCGGCGUGAACAACGCCGAGGGCGCGCUUCACGACAGGCUGCUGAACGCGCUCACCGACGCGGUUCCACCCGUGAGGGACAAGCACAAGGCCAAGAACGCGUUGCCCACCGUGUACCUCCGCGAACGGUGGCUGCCGGAUCACCCGCCGCCGCGGAUCAUCGCCCUCUGCGGACCGGCGGGCGUCGGUAAGCAGGCGCUCGUCGAUCGACUCUGCGAAGAGUAUCCGGAACGUUUCGGAUACGGUCUGGCGACCACGACGCGGCCGCCGCACGCGCACGAGGUGGACGGCACGCACUUCCACUUCGUCCCGUUACGCGCGCCCGAGGUGGAGGAUCUCGCAGAGGGCUCGCGAGGGGAGAAGAUUUACUGGGAAACCGAUUUGGAGGAGGAGGGAAAGUUGCUGGAAAGCGGCGUCAACGUCGAGACCACGCUCCCGCUCGUGCCCCUCACCGGCGAUAAGGCCAGCGAGGUGCACAGGCGAGACGCCAACGGCGCGGACGGCGCAAAGGUGAAGCGGUACAGGUACGGUACCUCGAUUAAAGCCGUGUCCAAAGUCGCCGCCGGCGGCAAGCUCCUGUUUCUCACCAUCGACGUCGACGGGUGCGAGCAGCUGAGGGAUAACCCCGCGGUGGACGCGUACAUCGUCCACAUCGACACCUCCACGCCGGAGCUUCUCCGCGAGCGCAUCAAGCAACGGCUCAAGGUGGACGAAUCGAUCGUUCAGCGGAUGCUCACCGAGUACGCGGACCAGCUGGUGUUAGCCUCGCCCGGAUUGUCAGACGACGCGGGCGAGGCUGAACCCGAGGAGGGUGCCGACGAGGGUGCCGAGCCGAAGGAGAAGCCGCCCAUCACCAAGCGCAUCGUCCAUCCGCCUCAGUGCGCGGAGUCCUUCUACAAGCUGUUGCUCAUCGACGACCCAAACGACUUGUACUACGAGUUCAAGGUUUGCUGCGCCACACUGUCGCCGAUUGUGCGCAACCGGCUGUACGGCCUGCCCCCGCACAUCCUCGACUACUCCGACGUCAUCCCGGCGAACAAGACGGAGAAAGUGAUCGUCAAGCCGGUCAUCCUCGUGGGCCCGAACUUUCUGGAGAAAGCCGAGCUUCAGAGGCUGAUCUUCGAGGAGUUCCCCGAGGUGUUCCACCGCCCGCAGAUUGUCACCACCAGGCCGCUGAGGCCCGACUACCCGGCGGAGGACGACCCGGCGGAGUUCGAGGACGACGGCAUGAUCCACGUCUUAAAAGACAAGUGGACCGAGAUGGAGGGGGCUGGGGAGUUCGCCACCACGUGGAAGGACCUCUACAAGCACGAGACGUGCACUUACAAGUACGCCAUUACGAAGGCUUCGCUGGACGAGGCGAAGGAGAAGGGGCUGCUGUGCGUGUGCGACGUGCCGACCGCGGCGAUGGCGGACCAGAUCAAGGAAAAGUACGGCGACGAGACGAUGGCGAUCUACGUCGGGCCGGCGACGCUUGAGGAGUACGAGCGCCGGCUUCGCGAGUACUUCACCGAGACUGACCGAGACUUGGAGGAGCGGUUGAUCGCCGCGGAGGCUGAGAAGAAGCGCGGGCUCGAUUCCGGGCUGUGGCAGAGCACGAUCUGCCUCGACGAUCCGGAUGUCGCGUACGAGCGGCUCAAGGACAUCGUCAUCCAGGAGAGACCCGACGUUCUUCCCCCGCGAGAUCCCAACGAGGGCAAACCAAUCGUCCCCGUCGUCCUCUGCGGCCCCUCGGGCGUCGGUCGAAAGACAAUCUACCGCGCGCUCGACGAGGAGUUCCCCGACAGGUUCGCGUACGUCUGCAGCAAGACCACGCGCGCCGCCAAGGAGGGCGAACAGGCUGGCGUGCACUACGAGUACGUCGACAGGGCGUCGUUCGAGUCGGAAAUCGCCGACGGCAAAUUCGUGGAAUACGCCGAGAUCGACGGCGAGCUCUUUGGGACGCCCGUCGAGGCGGUUCAGGCGGCGCACGACGCGAACAAGGUGCCCGUCAUCGUCGUGGACGUCCAGGGCGUGACGCGACUGCGCGAGGUGUACCCGCAGGGGGCGUUUUGCCUCGUCACGCCCUCGAGCGUCGACGGGCUGGAGUCGAGGAUUCGCAAGAUCAAGGAGACGCCGCCGCCGCCGCCGGAGGGGGAAGACGCCGCCGUCGCCGAGGGCGACGCCGAGGGCGGCGACGAGGACGAGGUCAAGCUCCCGGACGAGCCACCCGAGCUCACCGACGAGCAGAAGGAGGAGAUCGCCGAGCGUCUGGACAAAAUCUCGCGGCAGAUGACGGGAUGCGACGUCGACGGGCUCUUCACCGACGUCAUCGUCUCACUCGACGACGCCCCGGAACUCGCGUACGGCGACCUCAAGACGGCGAUCGCGCGGGUCCAUCCCAAGCUUCUCGUGCCGCCGCCCAAGCCCCUGGUCAUCUCCGGCCCGCUGGGGUCGAGGAAGGAGGAGGUGUUCGAGGCUUUGCUCAAAGAAUUUCCCGACUCGUUUGGCUUCCCGCUCGCGACCACCACCCGCGAGCCCGAACCCGGGGAGAUCGACGGCGUGCACUACAGGUUCGUCGACGAGGCAACCUUCGACGCCGAGGCCGAGGAGGGCAAGUUCCUGGAGUGCACCGAGGUCAUCGUCGGUUACGGCGAGUGGGUCGACGAGGACGUCGGCAAUCCGCCAAUCACCGUCAGGUACGGAACGCCCUUCGCCGAGGUUAAGAGACUGAGCGUCGAGGGGAAGAUGCCCGUGCUCGAGACGGACGCCGCGGGGGCGGCCGCCAUGCGCGCCGCCGGGCUCGACGCCCUCUUCGUCUUCUUCGCGCACCCGACGCACGACGCGCGGGAGCACGAGCGCAACCUCGCAGACGUCGGAGAGGAACCGGAUGCUUUUCCGGAGAGAGUCGCCGAAGCGGAAGCCGAACUCGCCGCGGCGAACGAGAUUGUCCAAUGCUCCAAGGACGGAACGACCGGCACGGUCCCAACGCGAGUGUACGAUUACGUCCUGGCGUACGAACCCCACCGCGCGAGGUACGCGCGGUUCAAGGAGGCGAUCGCGCUGGCCGCCCCCGCGGCUGUCCCGAUGCGAACGGUUUGGGGCUACGGUCGCUCGCGAUGGGAUCCCGCCGCUCGCGUCUACGGGAACAUGCCCACGCGCGUCGCCGUCGUCGGCGCCGCCGCGUCGGGCAAGAGCACCGUCGCUCAGAGGCUCGCGAAGGCGCUGGACGUGCCCUACGUCUACCCGGGCGCCUUGCUCAGGGACGCCGCGUACGACAAUCCCACGGAGUUGGGCAUCGAGGCGAAGCGGUACCUCGACUCGACCAAGACGGUGCCCGACGAUUUCAUGAUGACGCUGGUGAAGGACCGUUUAGGUCGGGACGACUGCGUGGUGCGCGGGUGGAUUCUCGACGGUUUCCCCCACAACCACUACCAAGCCAAGGCGCUGCUCGACGCGGGGCACGAACCGGAUAAGGUUUGCGUCGUCGAGAUUGAUCACGAGACGGUUUUCGCCCGGACCAGAGGCCGGCUCAUCGAUCCCCUCACGGGCAGGGUGUUCCACAAGGAGUUCGCGCCGUGCGACGAGCUGGAGGAGGGCAAGGAGGUUGCGCAGCGACUGACGAUCAGGCACGACGACGCCAACGAGGAUAACGUCAAGAACAGGCUCGCCAAGUACGACUUUAGCGACGCGCCCGUCAGGUCGCUCUUCCCGCAAACGGCGCACUUCUUUGACGGCGCCGAGGCCAUCGACGACGUGUACCAAAAGGUGGAGGACUUCGUCACCCUCGAGGACCGCGAACACGAGACGCGGCACGUCACGGACCCGCGCACGCUGCCGCUGCUGGAGUACGAGGUGCUCGAGGCGUGCGUGUACCAGAGGCGGUGCUGCGUGUCGGUGAGGGAACCGGAGAUGGUGAACCCCGAUUCGAGGAGACCCGCGGUGUGGGUCGACGUGGAGGACUUUGCGCGGACGGCGGAGGAUUUCACCGUCGCGUUCAGGACGAACGUGUUCGCGCACGCCAACAGGGACGCGAGGCUGGACAGGUUCGACCUCGGUCCCGGCGCGAAGAUGAUCCACGUGGACUCCCCGGAGCCGACGAGGCUGGCGGUCACGCUGACGGUGGCUCCGCCGGAGCCGCCCCCGCCGGUGCCCUUGCCCGCGCCGCUGGUGCUCUGUGGGCCGGGUGCGGACGAGCUCGCGGCGACGCUGGCGGCGAGGUACCCGGCGAUAUACAGGGUGGCGUCGAUCCGGGCCCAGAGGAGCGCGGAGGAGCCCGAGCCGGCGGCGGAUGGAACGGACGGCGGCGAAAAUCCACAAAACUCCGAGGCGGCGGAAGGGGAAGGGGAAGGGGAAGACGCAGCCGCGGAGUCGCCGCCGCGGGAGCCCGACGCGCCGGAGAAGUACCCCGGCGCCGACUCUGCGGCGGCUAUCCAGGCGGAGGGCCUGUGCCCGGUCGUGUGCCUCGACCCGGCGGGUGUGCAGGCGUUUAAGGACGCGCACGCUCCGCCGCCGCCGGAGCUCGACGAGGACGGAAAUCCCGUCGAGCCCGAGCCCCCCGCCGACGGCGAGGAGGAGGAGGAGAAACCGGAGGUUCCCGUGCCCACGCUCGUGUGCGUGGGGUUGCCCCCGAUGGAACCCAAGCGCCCGAGGCCGCCGCCCAAGGAGGAGAGCGAGGCGGAGGGCGAGGAGGGCGAGAAGGAGGAGACUCCCCUCGAGGAUCCCAAGCCCAAGGCGCUCACCUUCGACCACGUCAUCUACCCCAACGUGAGGUCCUUGGACACCCCCGAGACGACGUUCGAGAUGCUCAAGGGCGUGUCCGCGGUCAAGGUUCGACUGCCGUUACCCCCCAAGGACAAGGUGGACACGUCGACGUGCGAAGCCGUGCUACACGACUACGACUGGUACAAGACGGGCGCGCCGCAGCGAACCGUCCUCACGCUCGCCACGAACACCUCGCAGAGCGCGACGGUUCGUCUUCCGCGCGGCAGACACGUCCUGCAGCUCUCCGUCGACCCGGGCCACUACUUCGCCGCGGACGUUCGGUCGCAGCGCGCGUUCGACCUCGACGACCCGGCGAAGAUGCUCGAGGAGAAACAACUCGCGGCGCCGUCCCUCGCCGAGGGUACCUAUCCCGAGAUGGCCGCGGGCGACUGGCACGUCUGGUUCCGGAGGGUGUUCAGGGUGGAGAAGCCCACGACGGUGGCCGCGGCGUUGGAGGUUCCGGACCCCGCCAUGUCCCCGUUCGCGCGCUUCGCGGUGGUGAACAACGACGGCGCCGGUACCACCACGCAUUUCGUCGCGGGCGCGGCGCCCCCGAAAACGUUCCAACCCAACGAGCACGGGUACACCGUCAUGGCCUAUUCCAAGGCGCUCACGCCGGUGCCGAGCGGCCCGUGGCGUCUCAGCGCGCUGUGCGACGUCCCGCUCGCGUCCUUCGACGACCAACCCAUCGGCGACCCGACGAGGUUCGACGGCGAGUACCGUCCCAACUACUCGCACCUCGUCUGUCGAGUUCGGGUGGCGAUCAAAGCCAGGGUCGUGCUCGCGUUGCACUUCGAAUCGGACCUGCCCGCCGGGUUCAGGGUGACGCUCACGGACCCGGAGGACGGGUGGGAGGACAAGCAGGCGGAGUACCUGCGCGGCGGUCACAAGGGUCACCUGAGGGGCGUCGAGCUUCACGCCUGGAACGCGUACACGAUGCUCACCGUCCCCGCCAUGGCUUUCGAACCCACGGAGAACGGCAAGUACCUCGUCCUGGAGGUCAAGCUCGACAACCCGAGGUGCGCGUUCGACGUGCAACCCAACGGCGACAUACCGAGCGACAUGCGGUGGAAGCUCACGUCCUACGCCUCGGAUCCAAAGGCGGCGGAGUGGACGGUGGACACCGCUCGCGAGAACUACUUUGACCAGACGCUUUCUCAGUGGAACGCCGCCGACGGCGCUCGCAAGUCCAAAGCGGAGGAGGCGUACGCCAAGCGCGUCGCGGAGCUGCGCGCCCGCGAGUACGCUCAGGGAGCAGAGAACGCCCCGCCGCGCACGCCGGCGUACCGGGAGCUCUCCGGCGACAUCGCGACGCACGCGGGCGCCAAACCCCUCGAACCGGCCGAGCCGAAAAACGACGAAGCUCCAAACGAAGCCGGAGACGACGCCGAGCCGCCCGGUCCCCCGGUGAUCGAGCUGGACCCCGCGUCGCAUCGCCGGGUGCUUCGCGGCACCACGGGCGGCGAGCGAAAGGUGAUCUCCAUGGCUACGUACGAAGCGAGGGAGGCGCACUUACGGGAGCAGAUCGAGGCGAGCAAGGCGAGGCUGGCGGCGUACGUAGAGGCGAGAGCCGCGGGCGCGGGCGCGAGGCCCGAGCGGGCGAGCGCGAAACGGGCGGAGUUCAGGUCGUGGAGGGAGGGAACGUCGGCGAGGGUGAACGAGACGGCGCGGAGUAAGAGGGCGGCGUACCUGCAGUCUUUGAAGCGAGACGAGUCGGGGGUGGAGGAGGGCGGCGACGGGGGCGCCGAGUGACCCCCGUCUGUUGAACCUUUUAUUCGAAUUUCCACCAAUCACGA